CCGGAAGUGAGGUGAGAUUUAUCUUAAGGUUGUUGUGUUCGGUCCUGUACUCUGUUGUUGUGUGUUGGAGGUCAGACAGAGUGAACAGCGAUGGGUGGGGAUCAUGGCCACAGCAAGCUGUCCAUGCCUGACUACAGGACGUGGAAAUGGCAUGGUACUCCUCUGGAGUUCACACAAGAGCGGCUCGCACGGAGAGGACUGAAGGACCCGUGGGCAAGGAACGAAGCGUGGAGGUACAGCUUCGGCCCACCAGUCAGCUUCCGUGAAGUGAUGCUGCGUGGAUUUAGAACAGGAUUCAUCGCAUUUGCAGUGGCCCUGGCUGUCGAGUACACGUUCUUCCCUCCGAAGAAAUCAGAGCACUGAGCAGAGAGCAGCAGUCAUCUGAAACAAAGAAGAGAACCAGAAUCAUCAGACUCUUAUGCUCACUGCAGGGUAAUAAACCACCUGUAACACACCUCUGUGUUUGCGUCAUCACACGAGCCUACACAUUGUACAUGUUUUCGCUGAAUGAAAAAUAAACCAGUUAUGCCAA